AUGGCACCCCAAUUACCAUACGAAAUUCUCUCAAAUAUUGCAUCAAGAGUUCCAAAGGAGAAAUUGAUAAACUGUGCACUAGUCUGUAAACACUGGACAGAAGCAUUUCUAGAUGCUUUUUGGCAUGAGACGAAAUUCGAGGAAGUCAACAUUAUGAAAGAAAUGAGCACUGAAUCCAACAUGGGCAGGGUCUGUUUCAAGAACGCACAUCGUGUACGAGAAUUAACUCUCGAUUGCGUACCGUUGGAUGACAUGAAGAAUUUUUCAAAGCUGCAGAGAAUCUACAGUGGGAUAAAAAGCCUUGACUAUCUUGACCCGUAUACAGCUCAUCAAGGGUUUUACAUAAUUAAUUGGGGUUCCUGGAAGCUACUGUCACGUUUGAGAAUGGAAUUCGAAUACAGUGUUCCGGUUAUAUUUGAAAAACUUUUUACAAAGCUGUCAGAAUUGCCUAGUCUUACCCACCUUACACUAGAAGCCGUGUCAGGAUAUCCAGGAUAUGACGACGAGCAAACUAUUUCUUGGCAGGACAUUGACUGCCUUCACAACACAUUGCCACAGCUGGAGUUUUUAAAAUGCACUUACACAUUUGAGCCAAUAUCACGAAAUGAUAUUGAUAAAAUAAAACAUGUUACUCCAGUACAUGCUCUUACAAGUAUGCACCAUAAACAUGAUUACGUUGACGCUUCCUGGAUAUUUUAUCUUGCACUCAAAUUACCAAAUUUAAUUCACAUUGAAUUCGAGGAUGGCCUCAAAGACGACCACAUGGACCCAAUGUCUUAUAAUCAGAAACACUACUUAGAAGAUAUCAAAUUACUAGCAACGCUUGAUCAAUUCUUUCCUCGUCUACAAUCAGCAGUUACAUUCACUGGAUCUCAGAACGGAUGGCCGUUUUCAAUAUUCUACGACACUCUUCAACACUUUGGCGUAAAAAUAAGUAACGUUAGAGUCUAUGAUUGUCGAUUUCCCGGUGGGCCACUGGAUGGGCACGACCGAUGUAUGAGACCAAUUUCCGAAUCAUUGCAGAUUUCGUGGCAGGAGUUGACCUUUUCUCACUUUCAUAUACCGAUUACAACCAAUUUCCUUUCAUAUCCAAACCUAGUUGAAUUACGCAUGGAAUCACGUUAUGAUAUUGAGAUAGAUAUUGUUAUAGACAAAUGUCCGGUACUAAAAGUAUUGAAUUUAUACAAUUCCAAAAUAUGUCUCUCGAGACUUCCGCUAUACCGUCUCAGCGAACAUCCUUUAAAGAAAUUGAGAUUGAUAAGGUGCGAAACCAAUGCACAUGUUCUUAAAUACGUAUCCGUGUGCUGUAAAACCCUUUCUAUCCUUAAAUUAAGCUCUGUUCAACUUUAUGGAUUACGUUUCAAGAAAACUGGACAGUUGGUGCUUGAUAUGCCGUUUACACAAUUGAACACAUUGAUACUUUUUAGUAUCCAACUGAACUGUAGUCCUGUCAAAAGUUUUGCUAUUGAGCAACUGGAUAACGUCGGUACAGAUCAAUCGAAUUCAAGCCGUAAACAACAAACAACUCGAUCAAACUGGUACCAUACAUCUUUGAUCAAGACAGGCAAAAUUAGCAAAAUGUCUGCAUGGGAACUUGGGAAGCGUGACAUCGAAUAUGCUGAAAAAUACUAUCAAAGCUUUAUCCGCAGAAAAGGUUAUGAGAAAAAGUUUGGAAACAUGGGACAGUAUCGUGGUGGUUAUUUACAAAAGAGAUUUUGGAAAAGAGAUCUUCAACUAGGCACAUUAGUACUUCGGUUUAAAUCUGUCAAAAACUCUUUCUUUGACUUUGGCCGUUUCUGUUAA